AUGUCAAUCACCUCGCCUACCGCCUCUGCAAAGAAGGCCAUCCACAAGAUAGACAUCGCUCAGGUAGAAAAGGUUACCCCCAUAAACCGCUGGGACAGGGACUCCCUACCGUCAGACUCGGACAGCGUCUCCCACCACCAUGGACAGCAGUCUCACCACGAGACAGGCUCCGACUGCUCCUCGUCCGACUCUGCGGAUGCCCGCUACUCGACUCCCUUCACCUCCUCCCCCGUCCGGACCCCAAUGCUGAGCAGGGAGCUUCCCCGGUCCUCUCGCAGCCGACAUGCUGCCACCUUCGACAUCAAGACGAUGCAGUGCAUGACUUCUUCUGGCUCUCGCAAGCGGCGUCGGUGUGAUCCGGGGGCGGCGGGACACCAGACCUUACCAAAGAUGCCGCGGAUAUCGUGGAAUGCGGCUGCUGGUGCUGCUUCUACUACGGAUGGUGCCGGUGCUGCUGCGCCGCAGUCGUCACCCCUGACUCGACGAAGGACCUGCCAGGCCAUGUCCUCCUUUGUCUCAGAGUCGGAUACCAUUCCUGACCCGGACAUCGAUAGACACCUUGACAUAGACCCACAGCUAUCAAAGCAGGUCUCUUCUUCCCUCCAACACCAAUCACAACAGCAACCACCAUGCACGCCACCUCCCCGACGAAGCCGCUUCCACGCCCAGACAGACGAAGAUGCCUCCGCUUCUGGUUCGGGGGCCGAUCUGCUCCUCUACCUCGCCAACUCGCCCACCCCAGCAACCAUCAACGGCAAGCCCACCACCCACACAGACUUCCUCCCUUCCACACCACCAACCCAACACGCCAUACCCUUCCAGCUCCUCUCCACGCCUACGCACUCCCAACCCUUCAACUUUGCCGACUUUGUCAACGUCACUCCCAGCCCGGCCCAGAGAGGCUGGUCGAGCAACAACGCCAACUCCCGCACACCUCUGACAAAUCUACCACGCACCCCUCGCACCACCAAAGAGGUACGCAAGAGACUCAACUUUGACGCCCUCGCCCCGCCAAGUCCGGUCAGGGCUUCUUCUUCUUCUUCCACCGCCAAGCGUUCCGCUGGUGCUGCCGGUCUGGCACUGCAGCUUGGCGAGGAGUUUCCCAUAUAG